UCUCCGAUAGCUUGCUGUUUGUAGCUCGACAGCACGUGUCCCACGCGAUAUUUCAUAUCAAUAAAGCAUCGACAUAACACUAUCAAUGUGUUUUCCAUGAUCAACUACCGUCGAUUGAUUGUUGACUGUUUAAGACUAAGCAAUAGGCAAAUAGGCAAUAGUGGUAAUACUAAUCAUUAACAGUCUACGACAACCGAUUUGUUCGCGAUGGUGUACAAGAAACGUAAAAUAAAAGUUUUUAGACCUAAACAAAAGAAGGAGUCUAUCGAUGUCGUGAUCGGCAAACUCAAAGAAUCGUACGAACAGAUUGAUCCAAAUGCCAUUGAAAAAUUUGAAGAUUUUCCCUUGUCGGCACCAACACUAAAAGGUUUAAAAGAAAACAAAUUCUUUGUGCCUACUGAAAUACAACGUGAAAGCAUUGGCUAUAGCUUACGUGGUGAAGACAUAUUAGGUGCAGCUAAGACUGGUAGUGGUAAAACGCUAGCUUUUUUAAUACCGGUAUUGGAAAUAUUGUAUUGCAACAAAUGGAAUCGUUCAGAAGGGUUAGCAGCAUUGAUCAUAACUCCUACAAGAGAAUUAGCAUAUCAGAUAUUUGAAACAUUGCGUAAAAUUGGGAUCCACCAUGAUUUUUCUGCUGGUUUAAUUAUUGGUGGCAAAGAUUUGAAAUUUGAGCGUAAACGUUUAGACCAAUGUAACAUAAUGAUUUGCACGCCAGGUCGUUUAUUGCAACAUAUGGAUGAAAAUCCACUGUUUGACUGCUCUAAUAUGCUGGUACUAGUAUUGGAUGAAGCUGAUCGAUGUCUUGAUAUGGGUUUUCAGCAAACUAUGAACAAUAUUAUAGAGAAUUUGCCUCCUGAAAGGCAAACACUUCUGUUUUCAGCCACUCAAACCAAAUCUGUGAAAGAUUUGAUAAGACUCAGCUUAAAUAAUCCUCAUUCAAUUUCUGUUCACGAAGAAUCAGAGCAUAGUACUCCAUCAGGCUUAGUACAAAGUUAUAUGGUAUGUGAAUUGCAUGAUAAAAUGAGUUUGUUAUGGUCGUUCAUAAAAAAUCAUUUACACCAUAAAGUGCUCGUGUUUAUGUCAAGCUGUAAACAGGUUAAAUAUUUUUAUGAAAUAUUAUGUAAACUACGACCAGGAACUAGUUUAUUAGCAUUGUAUGGUACAAUGCAUCAAACAAAACGUAUGGCUGUGUACGAAUCAUUUAGUAGAAAACAACGUUCUGUUCUCUUCGCUACAGACAUUGCUGCUCGAGGACUUGAUUUUCCUGCUGUUAAUUGGGUUGUUCAGUUGGAUUGUCCAGAAAAUGCAAACGAGUAUAUUCAUCGUGCUGGUAGGACGGCUAGAUUUCAGAAAUCUGGAGAAUCGUUGCUUGUACUUUUACCCUCUGAAUUAGCUAUUUUAGAACAAUUGAAAAAUAAAAAAAUUCCAAUCUCAGAAAUAAAAGUUAAUCCUAAUAAAUUGACAUCAGUGCAACGGACAUUAGAAGCUACUUUAGCAAAAGAUCACAUUUUGAAAGAAUCAGCUCAGCGUGCUUUUGUUUCUUAUAUAAAAUCUGUAUUCUUAAUGAAAGACAAAAGUGUUUUUGACGUUUCAGCUUUAGAUACAGAUUCAUUUGCUAGUUCAUUAGGUUUAGCGAUUCCACCACGUGUAAGAUUUUUACAAAAAUGGAAGAAAGCUAAAGAAGCCAAGAAAAAAGAAAAGGAUACACUUGCUCAAACUGUAGUUGAAAAUCUUAAUGAAAAAUUGAACAAAUCAUCUGAUUCUGAAAUUUCAGACGACGAACCUGAGCCGUAUCAAUCAUCUGUUAAAGACUCGUAUAAUUUUCAUAAUGAUGACGAUAGUGAUGAAGAAAAUGAUAAUUUAUUCACUGUAAAACGAAAAGAUCACAAUAUCCCAGAAACUGAAGAUUUUGAAGAGGAAGUAGAAUUAUCAACUGAUAAUUUGAAUAAAAAGAAAAAAAAACCUUUAACUAAAGCAGCAGUAGCAAAAAAAAUGAUUAAAAAACAAAUCAAGCCAAAUCAGAAAACUGUUUUUGAUGAAACUGGAGAAGCUGUACUGGACAAGGCUAAAACAAAAGUCUCACAAAUGGCUCGAGAAUAUGAGAAUAAUAGCGAUAAGGGUGGUAUUGAUAUAGAACAAGCCAAACAAAUGUUACGUGAAGAGGAUGUGUAUGACAAACAACUGUUCCGAGAGAAGGUUAAAGCAAAACAUAGAGAGGAAAAGAGGAAAGCCAAAGAAGAAGCUAAGAGAGCUGAAAUGGAGGAUGCAAGUUCUAGUGAUGAAGCAUCUGUUGAUCUGUCUUGGCUACCUGAUCCAGAUAAGGUUUAUGGCAAACAAGAGAGUGGUGAUUCCGAAGAUAAUUUCGAUCCUAACGAUCUUAAUUCUGCUUCAGAAUCUGAAGUUGAUGAUGAUUCAUCAAAUAUUCAUCGACCACCUAAACGAAAAUUGUUGACUAAUAAAAACAAUAGUAAUAAACGAAGGAAGAAUGAAGAAGACUUAGAUGAACCCAUAGACACAGGUUUGAGUUUAAUGGAAGAUGAAGAAUUAGUGCUUAAAAUGUUGGAUGUGUAACUUUUUGUUAUAUAAUGGUUUUAUUUUUAUUAAUUGAUAUUGAAAUUUAUUGAUUGAUUGGUUUAAUAUAAAUAUAAUCGAUUUAUGAAUGUGUACAAUUUUG